AUGGCGUACUUCGCAUUCCGCCGCCAGCCACUCCAGACCUUCUACUACCUCUACGUCGCCUUCUCGCUGCUGCUCGUCCGCGUACCAUACUGGACCAUCCGCUAUGCGCUCCCGUCUACGCGCCCUGUGCCGUGGUCUCUCGGCCGUAUGGUACUCGUGAAGUGCUAUCGCGUCCUAAUCACGACCAUCUUCCGCACGACGGUCACUACGAUGUGCUUUGACCCCACCGCGGUCGAGAAGUCUGGCAAAGGCGACCAGCUCGGGCUCGUGUGGACGGAGCCCGCACCCGACCUCAUCGUGCUCGACGAGAUCAAAGAGGCGGCGCGCGUAAACAACAUCAAGCCUGAGCGUACCGCCGGUUACUGGUUGGGCAAACGUGGCCCCGACGGCAAGGUCGGACAGCAAGCUGGUCCCGACGAGAAGGUUAUCUACGGCUUCCACGGGGGCGGCUUCGUCAUGGGCUCUGCGCACCCGGACUUCGCAACGGGGUACAUCUACCGCAAGAUGUUUGACUACGUCCCGAAGGGCUACGAGCGCAUCUUCCAGUGCGAGUACCGGCUCUCCUGGAGCGACCCGCUCCCCGCCCAGGGCGCCUUCCCCGCAGCCCUCUUUGACGCGCUCGCGGGCUACCAGUACCUCGUGCGCGACCUCGGCUUCAAGCCCUCGAACAUCCUCAUCAUGGGCGAAUCUGCAGGCGCGAACCUCGCGCUCCAGCUCACGCGCUACCUCGCACAAAACGCACUUCCUUCGCUCGGCGCCGGUCCGGAGCCCGGCGCGGCGAGCCCACGCGGGCAGCUCCUGCUUUCUCCCGCGUCGGACUGGGGGCACACGCAAGAAGGGCCGGAGUCGUCAUUCGCGCGCAACUGGGAUAACGACAUGGUGCACGACUUCUUCGAGGGCUUCCCGACGCAGGCGCUCAUCGGGCACCUCCCGCCCGCAGCCGCCUGGGAGAAUUCGUGGAUCUCCCCGGGGUCGACGCGCAUCCCGAACCCGGAUGGGCUGUUCAGGGAUCUGCCCCCGACGUGCAUUAUCAUCGGGGGCGGGGAGAUGAUGCUCGACCCGGUGCGCACGCUGCGCGACCGGCUUGUCGCGGACAUCGGGGUGCGUGCGGUCACGUACGUCGAGAUCCCGCACGCGGCGCAUGUCCCGAUGACCCACGCUUGGCACGAGCCGGAGAACACGCAGGGGUACGAGGCGUCGAAGCAGUGGCUCGAGUCGCUUGAGUGAGGAAAGCGCAGCGCAGGUCCGUUGGUCUGUAGGUUACACGCUCCAUAAUCCUGUGUAUGUUCGUAUGGCGCGCGCUCUGGUGGUAUACCCCUGUUGUCAAUGUUACUGUUGUCUCC